GAGAUCAUUGUAAAUCGUGCAGGAAUGUAGUUUUCUGGAAGUGUAAACUAUGGAUGACUAUUACUACAAUUUUUCUAGUGUUCUUCCUGGUCAUUCUUAUCAGCUUAAUUCUUUAUUCUGAAGUUUACACAGAUGAAGAUGACUACUGGGAUCCUGAGGCACUACUAAAUAGUAGAAAUUGUUGCAAUUUUUCAGGAACACUGGAAUUAAUGUGUGGUCUCCCACACCUCUUCUUUGAAGACAUUACUAAGAGGCUAACAGAUGUCUACAGUUCAUCUCCAGCUUUAGGACGCUACUUUAGGUCAGCUCAGGCAGUUCAUUUCAGUAAUGAAACCUCCACUGUAUUUUAUCAGCUAGAGUUUUCUGUGCCACCAUCAACAGAGGGGUUUAUGGAAAACACAAUGAAUCCAGACUUUAUACGGAAUGUUUUGCGUCAGAAUAUUUACGAUGAAGAUGAUACAUUUAAUCCUGGAACAUCUGAAUGUGACAGAUUAAAGCUUGACCCGACUUCUCUCACACUAGCGUAGAAACGAUGGAAAGAAUCCUCAUCACUGCCUUGAACAGAUGGGCUUCUCCUAUUUAUUAGUAAUCCCAGGGUAGGGAGCUAACUAUUCAUUAAAUAGAAAACUUCUAAAGAUGCUGUCCUGUAAAUACUGCCUGUGAUGCCACAUUGAAAAUGGAAAAUGCGGUAUAUUUAUAACCAGUGUUGUACUCCUAUAACAGCGCUACCUUCUUUAUUGUUGUCCUGCUCUCAGUAAUCCGUUUCACUCUUGUGAGUAUUGUGUAUCUUGUUCUGAUGCAUUCGCUGUUUACUUGAAACCUCUGAUUGCCUUGCCUUAUAACUUAACCUGGAUUCCCUUCAUAAGCUUUAAAAGCCAUUUUGCAGACUUCUUCUUUCUGCUUCUCUUGGCUUAUCCAAAUUUAUCUGUGCAACCUACAUCACUAAUGUUCACUUACACCAUUACUUUUUUUCCUGAUAACUUAAUAUACUUUAUUUCUCCAUUGCUCCUUAUAAAAUAGCCUGAAAACUUAAAUAUCCCCUCUAUUACCCUUAAUUACAUGCAAGACCUUUGCACUAACUUAUUAAGUGAGCUUCAAUGCUCAUCAUUCCUGUGUUCCUCCUACAUUCUUCCUAGAUAAGGUGGUAUCUGCUCAAUUUCUUGCUUAUAUAAUGUGGAAUAGAAAUGAAGGAAGAAGCCUUUGUAAGAAACAUGUAUUGUACACUAACACAUCUGAAUGCUACAGGAAACUUUCAAGCAAUUAUCCAGUUGUACUAGUGAAUAGAGAUAUAUCUGGCCUGCACUUUUAAAUUCAAAGAUAAACUAGUCUAUGCCUUUUAUUACAAUCCCUGUCCCAGCAGUGAGGAUAAAAAUGAACAGAUGCAAGAUAUUUGCCUUAAUAAGGCAGCAAAUAGUUUGUUUUGUUGAGAAGGGAUCAGAUGAGGUGGACCAAUGUGAAGAGGAAGGUGCUGAAGCAGACCCUGCAGGCCAGGAUAGCGUGAGACUUAGAGCCAGUAAGUGGCUAUAAAAUGAAAAUUAAAAAAUAGAGAUUGAGUUUACAUGGAAUAAAAUGGAUACACCUUCCCUCUUGACCUAGGGAGCCCAGAGAUGGACACAACAUUGCAGAUGUGGUCUCACUAGGGUAGAAUAGAGAGGGAGGAGAAUCUUCCUUGAUCUGUUGGACACACUCUUCUCUAUGGAGCUGCUUUCCAUUAGGUCAAUACCUAACCUGUGCUGGUGUGUGGUGUUGUUCCUCCCUAGACUCUACACUUAUUCUUGUUAAACCUCAUUAGUUUUCCCUUUGCCCACCUCUCCAAUCUGUCCAGAUCUUGCACAGCCUUCCAAUGUUUUCUGAGUUUUGGAUGCACUAUCAUGUUAGUGAAGUAUAUAGAUGCAGUAUAUAUGCAGUCUGUUUAUAGCUGUGUGUAAGUGUUAAUACUUUUGGACAAAUGGAAGAAACCUUCUGUGUUAUGAGAAAUAUGGGAAAUUGCAUUUCUAUUUUUUAAAUAUAUUACUAGUUGUUUAAGAAGUAAUCUGACAAUUU